AUGCGCGUCUACGGAGUCGUCAAUUCUUCCACGGAAGAUGCGCCUUUGAUAAAAAGAGAGAAGCAAACGAAAUUCGCCACGGCGAGUAAAAUCGCCCUCUUGACGGUCGGUCUCGCCGGUGGAGUGAUAGCGAUCGCGAGCGGCAGCUCGUCGAUGCGAGUGUUCGGUCUCGGGACAUCGUCGGCGUUGGCGGAAAAGUGCGGGGAUUUGAGCGCGAUUCCGCAGUGCCCGAGUGCAAAAUUAGGCUCGAGCGAAGCUGAGAAGCUUUUGGAUUCGGUGCAAUGCGCGACGUCGAAAGCGCAGGUGAAGAUGUACGCGACGGGGCCGUGCGCGGCGUGGCCGGAAGGACACGCUUCGCAGACAAUGUCUGUUUCGAAAGUUGGCAGAAAAGAGAUGAGCUCGAAGAAACCUUCUUCUGGUUCUGUUUCUGGCGCCAUGAACGACAAAACCGUCGUCGCGGAUACGCAAAAGUUCAACCAGAACUUGCAAGACAGCGUCGACGAGGCGGCGCAGCAAGCCGAGGCAGCUGCGGAUAACUUAAUAAUACAUGGAACGAGAUUACUGGCCAAGGUGGCGAAGAUGAUGACGAGGGAGAUGAAGAUGAAGAAGACUCGACGCCAUCUGAAGAUGAAGAUUCGGGAAAUUCGGAAGACCCGGCGCCGUCUGAAGAUGAAGAUUCAGGAGAUUCGGAAGUCCCGGCGCCGUCUGAAGAUGAAGAUUCAGGAAGUUCGGAAGACCCGACGCCAUCUGAAGAUGAAGAUUCGGGAAAUUCGGAAGACCCGACGCCAUCUGAAGAUGAAGAUUCGGGAGAUUCGGAAGACUCGACGCCGUCUGAAGAUGAAGAUUCGGGAAAUUCGGGAGAUGAUGAUGCACCUGAUUGCCACCACGACGGAAUACCGAAAUCGUGCCCGCCGAAAGAAGAAGAGGAAGACACCACGGCGGCCACCUUUGAACACAUCGACGAGUAUACUGCCCAUGUCGAUAAAGCUAUUGAACACUUUUCCGAAAGGGUUGAAGAUUCGCAAGAAGAGAUCACGGAAGGUUUGGAUCAAAUCGAUGAAGCCAAUAAAGAUAUUGACGACGAAGUUCACGAUGUUAUCGAUACUACUGUUCAUCCGACGAACGAAGAUGUGGCGGAGACUGAACAAGCUGCAGAAGAGGAGGACGAUGACGAUGAAGACGAUGAGGACGAAGAAGCAAAGGUCGGUAAAAAACAUCACUCGAGCAAAACCAAAUCUGCAGUUGCUGCCAACGGAGAGGAAGAAGAGGAGGAAUCUGAAGAUGAAGAUUCAGGAAAUUCGGAAGACUCGACGCCAUCUGAAGAUGAAGAUUCAGGAGAUUCGGAAGACCCGACGCCAUGAAGAUUCAGGAGAUUCGGAAGUCCCGGCGCCGUCUGAAGAUGAAGAUUCAGGAGAUUCGGAAGUCCCGGCGCCGUCUGAAGAUGAAGAUUCAGGAGAUUCGGAAGUCCCGGCGCCGUCUGAAGAUGAAGAUUCAGGAGAUUCGGAAGACCCGACGCCGUCUGAAGAUGAAGAUUCAGGAGAUUCGGAAGUCCCGGCGCCGUCUGAAGAUGAAGAUUCAGGAGAUUCGGAAGUCCCGGCGCCGUCUGAAACGGAAUCCGUCGCGCAGGCCGAAGCGGAAUCGGCAAGCGCGGAAGAAGAGGCGGAAAAGGAGGUGGAAGAUGCCGUCAAUCACGUUGAGGGUAAACUCACCAGAAUGGCCGAGAAAAUCGACGCCGCCCAAGAUGAAAUCGACAAAUCGAUGACAGACAUCGAAAAGGCGCAAGAUGCUAUUGAUGACGCUAUUGAUGAUGAAGACGAUGAGUCGCACAUACCAAUACAUCCGAAUUCUACAAAUGAAGAACAACCGCCUCCUUCGGAAGAACAAGACACUUCAGCAUAUGGUACAACGUCUGAGGCAACUGUCUAA